AUCGAUUGUUAACUUUUUCUUUUGUGGAACAAUUGACUUCCUGAGGAUUUUCCCGGAGAAUUGUUUUGUUUCAAGAUAAAAGAAUACAAAAAACAUUUAAAUUAUUAUAAAUUUUACAAUUAUACGAAGAAGAAGCAUUUACAACAAAGACUACAGAGAAAACACGAAAUACUUUGUCCUAGUUUGCAUUUGGCCAAGAGGCAAUAGCGAGUAAAGGAUGGAGGCCGUUCCAAGGCUUCAUAUGCUUUGGUUUCCAAGCAAAUCAAGUCCUGAAGGAACAUCUUUUGCCGGUUUGAAAAGGUAUAUUGCCGAAUUUUAUCAAGAAAAUCCCGAUAAUUACUCCAAAGAGUUGUAUGCCUUGGAAACAUUGCGAAAUCAAGCCUUGAAUACCCCCAAAGACAACUGUGCUAUAUUGAAACGCUACUUUUGCCAAUUGGAAUCCCUGCUCAAUCGCUUUCCCAAGUUGCGCGACAAAAAGGUCAUAUUUCAAUUCACUUGGAAGGAUUUGUACAACAAUAAAGUACACGAAUACAAUGACAUCGGCUAUGAACAGGCUGCAGUGCUCUUUAAUAUUGCCACAGCCCAUACCCAGGCUGGGGCAUCAGUUGAUCGCACCGAUGUUGAGGGCAUGAAAUUGGCCUGUACCCAUUUCCAAUGUGCCGCCUGGGCAUUCGGAGAGAUACGUGAACGUUACAUAAACAUGGAUGAGUUUGGUGAUUGUUUCACCACUGAACUGUUGGUGUUCAUGCAACAGGUAUCUCUGGCCCAAGCCCAGGAAUGUAUAUUGGAGAAGUCGCUGAUUGAUAAUCGCAAGCCGAAUAUUGUGGCCAAAGUCACGGCCCAGAUUGUGGUGUACUAUGGAGCCGCCCUGGCUGCCUUGCUGACGGGGGGAGAUGAUGGUCCUGUGGCCUCUGUGGUAGAUUCUACGGUCUACAAACAAUGGAAGAAAUAUGUUCGUUUUAAAAUUUCCUAUCUGAACUGCAUUUUGUAUCUGUACCAGGGCCAACAUGCAGAGGAACAAAGAAAAAUGGGAGAACGGCUAACUCUGUUCGAGGCCGCCUGGGAAAAACUUGAGGAAGCACGUAAAGAAUCCAAGGGCCUACCAGAUCAAAAAGAAAUCAACGAAUCAUUGAUAUUCACCGCCGAUGUUGUCGAGGGCAAACGCAAAAAUGCCAAAAACGAAAAUGAAUUUAUUUACCAUGAAACAGUACCCGAAUUGGCCACCAUAAGCGCAGUUCAGGGAGCCAAUUUGGUGAACGGCAUAAGUUUUUCGGUGACAGAUCCAGAGGUAGCCGGCGAAGAUAUAUUUGCCCGUCUGGUACCCAUGAAAGCCCACGAGGCCAGCUCUCUGUACAGCGAAGAGAAGGCCAAACUUUUGCGUAAAUAUGGAGCCAAAAUUGAAGAAAGGGACAGUGAGUUGGCCAGUUUUAUGAGCUCCCUGACUUUGGACAAUUUAAACAUCAACGAGGAAAAGGCCAAUAAAAUCCCCCAAGGCAUUGUGGAUCGCUGUGCUGCUCUGAAUGCCAACACCUUAGCCAUACCGCAGUUGGUGGCUUCCAUGUCACGUUUGGCCGAAAUAUGUACAGAUGUUGAGGCCAACCUCAAGGAGAUAUCACAAAUUCUGGCCCAAGAGGAUAAAGAAGAAAAGGAGUUUCAGCAACUCACCGGCGUUCAAAGAACCCCAAAUGCCCACAUAACCGAAUUGUCUCGGGAAUAUCAGAAAUACAAUGAAGCCCAUAACAGAGCAGGUGAAUCGAAUGAUACCCUGCGCAAAGCCAUGGAACUGCAUAUAAACAAUUUGAAAAUAUUGGCCAAACCUUUGCAAGAGAUACAGCAAUCAGUGCCGAAAUUGAGUUCGGAACUGAAUACAGCCGAGGUAUUUAAGGAUGUAAAACUGAUUGUCAAUAAAGUCAAUGAAAUGAAGGCCCAGCGAUCCCAGUUUCAUGCUGAUUUGCGUAUUGCCGUAAAUGAUGAUGAUAUAACAUCGAAAAUCAUUGCCCACGAUUCGGAGGAAGAGUUGCAGGGGCUGUUCGAACGGGAGUUAGCCAAACAUGAACGCCUCACACAGCUAAUUGAUCAAAAUCUACUGGCCCAGGAUAAUAUCUUAAAGGCUUUGACAGAGUCCUAUGCCAAGGCAGCACCGGUGUUAAAAACCUUGGCUGAUGUAAAACAUAAACGGGAGAGUUUCUUUGCCUCGCUGGCCGCAUCUUAUGAUGUGUAUGAGGAUCUGUUGGCCAAGUCCGCCAAGGGAUUGGAAUUCUAUAACAAAUUGUCGGCUAAUGUCCAAAAACUUUUGUCACGCUGUAAAUCCGCACGAGAUGUACAAUCUGAAGAGAGACAACAGCGCCUGAAUAGUGUGGCCAAUAAACCAUCAAACCCUUCCCCAUUGCCCACGGAUGCAACAUAUUCCUCUCCCACACCGCCCACAACGCAUACUCCCAAAUUACGUGACUACUUGAAAGCCAAAAAUGCUGCCAAGGAAAAGAACAUGGCAUUGGGUAACAGUCCAGCGGCCUAUAAUUCUAGUGCUGCCCAAUACAUACCACCUGUCAGGCCAAAUCCCUUGGGUUCUGAAAAUCCCACACAGGCUGUUUGUUCUGGAGGCACUUACUAUCCGAACACAGCAUCAGGAAAUACUGUACCACCGCCGACAGUGGGCCCCAAUGAACCACCACCACCGUACAGUUUGCAACAGCAGCAAUAUUUCGAUCCCAAUGGAGCUGGCUAUACAAAUCCCAUGUUUUACCAAUAUCAACAAAAUGUGGCUCCGCCGGCCUACAAGCCGCAGGCAUCUCCCAACUCUCAGUUUACAAAUUUGAAUGUGAAUAUGGCAAAUUUGUCAUUGCAGCAAAACAACAUGGCAAAUAGUCCCAAAAUGCCCUACACCUCAAGUCCCUAUAAUGGAGGGACGGGAAAUGCAAAUGUUUUCAUGAAUCAAAGUCAGGGAAAUAACACCAUUUCCUCAUCCACAAAUCUACAACAGAAUAACUACAAUGCCUUGCCUUCGGUGAAUAAUCCACAAAUGAUGGGUACCUAUGGUAACAUGAAUACCCCACAGGCUCUGCAACCACAGUAUAUGCCAACGGGAAGUUCAGUUUACAAUACAUCAGCUGCAACAAUGUCUCAACAAAUGCCUGUGGCCUAUACCCAGGCCUAUUCCUCUUCAUCGGCGGCCUCCAGUGCUGGCAAUUCAACCCAAAUGUAUAGUCAACCCGUUGUCACCACAGCUACCACAACUGCAACACCGCAGCAAUAUUUGUAUGGAACCACAGCAAAUUAUCAGCAAAACCCAACCUUACCCAACAACAACAACUUCAACCAAUCCCCUGCCCCAAACAACAUUAGCAACACAAAUGUACCUCCCAGUCAACCAUUGUAUGUGGCCACCAAUCCAAUUGUACCACCACCUUCAAUGCAAGCUCCAUAUAUUGUAAAUAAUCAACUUCAAGGAACUCAGCCUUUGCAACAAUUUCAGGCUGGUGGUCAGCCAGUAAAUCAAAAUAUGCCUGGGCAAAACAUUAAUCCCCCCAUAAACAAUGCCAUCCCUUCAAGUCAGCAACAUCAACAGCAAAUGAUGACACCAGCAUCAUCAGGUGUCUCGGGACAAACAAACAAUUUCUCCAACAUGCCUUUGGUGGCGAACAAUUUACCAAACCAAGGUGCACCUAAUGUGAUGGGAAUGCCAGCGUUAGCUAAUGGCCAAUUUUCAACAGGUUCCAAUUUAGCAGGUCAACCUGCCUAUAAUUUGACGGGCAAUGCUUCUACCGUACCCCCUCAAACUCCAGCCAGUGGAGUAACAAACCCAGCGAAUGCAGCUUCACCAGCAGUUAACACAACUCAAGCUAACACUACAACUACUGGCGGAGCCUUGAGGAAGACAUCUUCGUCCACAAUGCAUCCUGGCUAUAGUUAUAAUCCACAGAGUGGUACAUUUGAUUAUGGCAGUGGUUAUCAUCAGGCAGCCCCCAAUAAUCAACCCUUCUAUGGCCAAUAUACUACCGGGGCUCAACCCAUCAAUUCACAGGUGGGCACAACAGAUUCACAAAGUUCGGGGAAAAUCAAUUUAUCCACUGGAUUUGAUGCCCCCAUAAUUUCGCACACCAAGACCAGUGGCCCGGCCAUUAAACCAGACGUUGUAAAGCCGACAAAUGAAAGUUAUUAUAAUCCACCCUAUGGUUAUAAGAAGAACAGUGUUGAUGCCCCAACACCCAAUCCCCAGACACCAACAACAAAUACCCCCAUGCAACCGGCUACCAGUCAACCAGCAAUAAACUAUGCAAUGCCACAGCAAAAUUUCUAUCCUCAACAACAACAGUCGGCAACAUAUAUACAAAGUGGUAUGGGUACUACGGCUAAUACCCAAACCACCAAGAGUGUCAAUACCUAUGCCACAAGUAGCCAGCAUACACCGGCAACACCUAAACACCAAGGAGAACAGCAACAGUCACCUAUGCAGCAGCCACCAGUGCAGCAACCACCCUUGCAGCCAACAAAUGUCACACCUAAAACUUCUAAACCAGCACCCACACCACAGCCGGCCAAGGCAGCUCCGAAAACAUCCAACAUUGAUUUGUUGUCGGACAUAGAUUUCUCUGGAGCCAUGGCUGUACCACCACCAAUAUUACCGGAGCCUGUGUUGAAACCAGUGGUUGUCAAUAGUCCACCGGCCAGCCAGGUGGCAGCUGAAACGCCACCUAGCAAGCCAACAUUAGCUACAGAAGUGAUCACCCCAGAGGUUGUGGAAAAGUCUAAACAUGUUGCGGACUAUGUCAAUUCUCUAACAACCACUCCCAUGGAUUUAACAUCUCCCGUUGAUUCGCCAGCAGUGCGCAAAGCCAGUUUCGAUAAUCUUUCCAAUUGUUCCGAUCUAAGCUCCUUGGAUAAUUUCGAUUGGGAUUCCACCUCAAUGCGCAGCACAGACAAACACUUCAAUGUGGGUGACAAACAUUCCAUAAUUUCUUCGGCCAAUUCCACAUUCCAAAUGAAACCAAUUGAUCCCUUUACCGAUGAUAAAACUCUAAAAUAUUUCCACAAAGAAGUGGAACGUUUUGAAAAGAUUGUCGAUUCUUUAAAUGUCAAAAUGUUAAAUGGUCAUACAACAUUGUCAACGAAGUGGAAGGAACUGCAUGAUCUACUGGCCAAAGAUGCCAGCAGUCGUAGUACAACAAUAGCAAAAUUGUUCCCAGAAAAGAAUCGUUCUUUGGAUUGUCUGCCCUAUGAUCAUGCUCGUGUUAAAUUGGACAAGGAGACUGAUGAUUAUAUAAAUGCUGCCUACAUAAAGAACCUUGGCAGUGGUUGUCCCAAUUUGAUAAUUGCCCAGACUCCCCAGCAGAAUACCAUCAAUGAUUUUUGGUCUAUGGUGUGGUCACAAAAGGCCCGCACUGUGCUCUGUUUGCAUACACCAAAUGAGAUGUUGGAUCCAUUUUGGCCCCAAACCCUGGACAAAGAAUCCCAUUUUGACGAUUACACCGUGAAAUGUGUGAAAAUAAUACAAUUAUCCCAUUGUGUGGAAUAUCAAUUGAACUUGAGUAUGUUGGGCUCUGAUGUCAUCAUACAAUUGGCCAUACUACAAAUAAAGCAAUGGACUAAGAGCACACCCUCCAUGGUUGUGGGCAUUGCUCGUAAUGCCGCACAGGCCCAUCAACAGCGUUGUAUGGAUUUCAAUGACCCUCAAUCACCAUUGAUUAUGAAUUGCUUGACAGGUUCGGAGAGAUCCGAAUUGGUGGCUGUGGCCAUUUGUGCAAUUUUGGCCACCCAGAAUAAGCGACCAGUUCUCAUUAAUGUCGUUGAUGUUUGGCAUCGAAUUUGCCAGCAACGCCAACAGGCCUUGAGAGAUAUCGAAACAUUGGAGGAGUCUUUGCAAAUUGUUUUAAAUCAUGCCCAUGAUGUACUCAACAAACGUGGCAUCAUGACUUCAUAUCAAAUGAAGAUUGCACCACAGGUUACCGCCCAGGAAAAGCAGGCCACUAAAGAUCCCCUAAACGAUUUGGAUGCAUUGUGGAAAUUGAAAUCAUAAUUACACGAAAUGGAAAAAUUCCACAAAAGCAGCAGAGUACAGACUUGAGCAAAUAACUAAACUAUUUUAUAUGUGUAUUAAUGAACAAACUGACUUUAGAAUUUGAAAAAGAAAACCUCCCCCCUUCUAAAGGCCUUUGUGAGGAAAAUGUUACAGAGAAGAAAAAAACAAAACAACUAAUUGUUUAACAUUUUUUUUAUUAUCAUUGGAAACGUUUCAGAAACAUAAAAUAUAUUUAAACGAAAAAUGACUACAAGGCCAAUGUGAGGUCGGCCAAGUAAACUUUAAAGAAAGUCAAAUCACAAUGGUGAUAAAACUUUAAAAGGUUUAUUGGCAAAAGUAGUCUUCUUGCCCGACCUUAUGUAGGCCUUGAACGACUAUUAUCUAAAAAAUAUAUAUGUAUUAUUGGAAUUCAUAACAAAAAUGAAAACUAAAAAAGAAAUUGUUAAACUUCUAUGAAAAAUGAAAAGUAUUUAUAACCUUAGAAUUUCAUUAUUGAUCUUUAUUAUCAUUUAUAUAUCUCUUUUGAAAAACAAAAAAUACCCAUCCACGUUGAUAAAAAAAAUCUCUAUAUACUUGCAUAUACAUAGCUAUAUUAUAUUCUUUAUAUAUUUUCAAAUUAUAUUCAUAUAUAAAAUUAUAUUACCAAAUUGGACAUGGCACGUUUAGAAACAUAUAUAUUACACACACACCCCCAAAUACCAUUAUACAUACAUUCAAAUAAAUAAAACUUAUUGAAAAAUUGGAAAUUAA